CUAUAAGUGGAGGCUACAGUGCAUAGACAGUUAUCAGUUACUGGGCUAGGCAGUGAAUUGAACGAAUUAUUUGUUAUUUCGAGACUAAUUUAGAACUAUCUAUCAAAAAUGAAGAUAAUUUUUGGAGUUUUGUUGGUUUUGUGUAUCGUUGCGCUUGCAGUGGACGCCAGAGGUGGCCGAGGAGGGCGUCGUGGCGGGGGUGGUCGUGGUAAAGGGCGUGGCGGUGGAAGAGGGCGUGGCGGUGGAAGAGGGCGUGGCAGACCUGCCCCAACCCCUGCCCCAGUAUGCAAAUGGUGUUUCACCUCUGACCGAUGCUACAGCCCUGCUGACACCACACCCAAUGCUGCUUGCGUUGAUUGCUUGACCACAGCUUGCGCUCGCGAUUUACAUGAUCCUUAUGGAAGCAAACUCGGACUUGAUUGUUUUGAACGACAAUGGACUCGAACCUGCUCUGCCCAGUGUGGGGCAUUCAACCAAACUCGAUUCGAUGCUUGCCACGACUGUUUGGAUAUCUGCCAUGAAAAAAUCGGCGACACAUCACCUCCGCCAGUCGUUUGCAAAAGCAACUUUCAAAACCGUAACCCAUGUGUGUCAUGCAAUACACCUACAUCCUGUUAUAACAGCAGUGAACUGUGGAGCAUGCUUGGCGGACAUUGGAGAUGCGCAAGAAGUGUUUACUGGACCUGUUUCCACGGUGGUAUGGUGAACGUUACUACUUGUAUGCAAAGAUGGAGUGAUCCUAACACAGGAUGUGGCUCAGUUCCCAUGCCUGCUGACCUUCAAGCCCGUCUCAAUGCAUGCAACCCAUGCAAAACUGCUUGCAAAACUGUUGGAGCAUGCGUUGCCAACUGCAGCCGCAACGAAGUUUACCCCAAAGUUAUUCCAUGCGCCAUCUGUAACGAGUUCUGUAACGCUACUAACGAGUGCCAGGCUUCAACGUGUGCCCCCUACUGUAACACCUGCAAUGCAUGUUACACUCGAUGCGAAGUUGGCAACUUUGGAUUCGAAAACCCCUGCAACUGUGUGAAUACAGACGGGCCAACUGGAGGUUAUGGACCUGGCAACAGUUACGGUCGUGCCCGUGGGCGUGGUAGACGUAGUGUGCGUGGCGGACCUGGUGGCCGUGGCCGUGGUUAAGAAAAAAGAGAAAGAAUCGGAAAAUUCACUGAUGUUCAACACUGAUAUUGCCUAUUAUUUUUACUUAUUUUAUUAUAUACAUAGUUCACUAAGUACUUUUUAAGUCUGAUACAAAUUGCUGUUAAUAAAAUAAGAGAAUUGCAAAAA